CCCAAUUGACAAGAACUCCGUCCGAAGCCCGCGGGUCCGCUCCGCGUUCGGCCUGCUCUGCCGGCCGGGGUCGAAGUCCCGGGCGCUCAGCCUGGGGCCCGCCCGCGUCCAGGCGCCCCCGCGCCGGCCGGCCGCGCCCCGGGCUCCUCGCAGCCCGCGCUUUCUUGCCGCCGUUUCCCGCGUCCGACUCGGCGGAGCUGGUGAGCUGGGCCCGGCCUCCGCGACCGCUCCGGCCGGGUGGGCGCGGGGCAGAGGGAGACGGCCCCCGCGGCCCGGCUGCUCCCUGUGCGGGAGCCGGCCGCCUCCAUGGCCCCCGGGCUGAGGGGGCCCGGCCGCGCAGCGCCCUAGGAGCCGGCGUUCGGGGAAGCUGGGAGCAUGGUGGGGGUCCUGGCCAUGGCGGCGGCAGCUGCUCCCCCUCCGGUGAAGGACUACGAGAUUGAGGCAUGCAAAAAGCGAAGGAAAGAUGAUGAGAAAUCUUCCUGCAAAACAAUUACAAAAUAUUUAUCACCAGUUGGGAAGACUGGAGAGAGUGUUUUCUCUCCACCAAAAUCCAGCAAUAUUCUGGAUUAUUUUAGAAAGACUUCUCCCACAAAUGAAAAGACACAAUCAGCAAAAGAGUGCAAGAAAAAGUCCUCGGCACCAUUGUCUGCUGACAGUGGCAAAGACUGUAAAACACCUUUGGAAAUGUUCUCAAACAUAGAAUUUAAGAAGAGAGGAAAGAGAGUUAAUUUAUCUCAUCAACUAAAUAAUGUUAAAACUGAAAAUGAAUCUUCGGUUAAAAUUAGUAGUGAUGAUAGCAAAGAAGACUCUAGUCUAAAUAAUGAUUUUGUAGAAAGUAGAACUUCUGCUUUACUCUACAAGAAACUUGCACAAAGUAUUCAAGAUAUCAAAAAGCAGUCAAGUACUAUGACCUCCAUAAAAAGCUCUAAGAAAGUGAAUCCUAAACAAGGGAUCACAAAAAAUGAUUGCAAAAAAAUGAGAAAAAGGAAGCACAGAGAUAUAAUAGAUCUAUCUGAAAGCUUACCAUUGGCAGAGGAACUAAAUCUUCAAAAAGAUGGUAAAUAUGGGAAACAGAUCAUGCCUUCCCUAACUAAUGAGAUCAAGAGUACUGCAAAUGAUGCAGACUCUAGAGGUGAUAUAACUAAAACAGCCCACUUAAAUGAUAAUACAAUUACUGUCUCAUAUGAGGAAUUUCUAAAAAGUCACAAGGAAAAUACAGUAGAACACAUACCAGACUCUGCAGUGUCAAUUUGUAUUCCUUCUGAAACUGUUGAAGAGAUGGUCAAAAGUGGUUGUAUAAGUGACCCAGAAACCUGUGAAAUUUCCCAACAUGUACGCUAUAAGACAGUUACUGUUCUUGCACAGGUUCAUCCUGUUCCCCCCAGAAAGACAAGGAAAAUACCCUCAAUUUUCUUGAAACAAAAGCAGUUGGAAAUGGAAAAUAGUCUGUCUGAUCCUGAGAGUGAACAGACUGUUCAGAAAAGAAAAUCUAAUGUUGUUAUACAGGAAGAAGAAUUAGAAUUGGCGGUGUUGGAAACUGGAAAUUCUGAAGCUGUGAAACCAAAAUGCACUCUAGAGGAAAGACAGCAGUUUAUGAAAGCAUUUAGACAGCCAGCAUCAGAUGUGCUUAAAAAUGGAGUCAGAAAGUCUUCUGAUAAGCAGAAAGAGCUCAAUGAAAAAUCUAUAAAUGAGGAAGGAAGAGACAAUAAUUCUAAAAAAACCAUGGAAAAUCCUAAUAGUCAAGUGGUUUCAAAUUCACAGUCACACACUGAUAAAGGAAGUUUUCCUAAGGAGAAAAGUAAAAAGCUGAAGAAAAGGGGUAAGAAAAUGUUGGAUACUGGUACUAUUCCAGGUGAAAAUAGACAGGGAAAUACUCAAAAGAAAGCAACAACUUUUUCCUUAAAAGAUAAACGGAAUCAAAAUAGGCUUAGAAUGAGUUUAAGACCAAAGAAAACAGAGAUUUUCAAAAACAGUACAUUAUUGAACUGUGAAAGUCUUACUUACAAAGAUUUAGCAAAUGAUGACCAUCUAAAGAUUUCCUCUCUGUGUAACAAGAAGUCUUCAAGAAAAAUCAGCAUACCAGUUAAGGAUAUGGUUAUACAUUCUAAAGUUGAAGCUGAAGACAGUUUGGUAAAUGUUUCCACACCCAAGUCAACCAGAAGAUCUGUAAGAACCAGCAGUACACCUACAGCAAUAGUCAUUAGUGGUACUGAUUCUGAAGAUGGUAGUCCAGCAAAGACCUCCACUCCAAAAGCAGCCAACUUACCAGAAAAGCAUAGCUUAUAUACAGCAGAAUUAAUAACAGUACCAUCUGACUCAGAGAGCCCUAUUAGAAUGAAAUUCACCAGAAUUAGUAUUCCCAAAAAACCUAAGAGAAAAUAUAAGAAAAGAUGCGAGAAAUCUGAAGCAACUGAUGGAGAUUUUACUUCUCAGACUAGAAAGGCAAGCAGUGCUUCAAAAAAUCUAUCAAAAGCAAAACAAUUGGUUGAAAAAGCAAAAGCUUUACACAUUAGUAGGUCAAAAGCUACUGAAGAAAUAGUGACACCCUUGAGACGUUCAUCUAGACAUCAGACACUUCCUGAAAGGACAGAAUUGUCAGAAACAGAAGAUUCUUUAAUAAUAAUCGAUUCAGAUCAUACUUCUUUAAAGCAGCCUGAGAAAAAUCAGAAGAAGCUUCAGUGUCUGAAUGAUGUGCUAGGAAAAAAACUAAACAAGAUUCCUAAAAAUGUACCUGGGAAAAUGAAAGUUGCUCCAUUAUUUCUUACCAGAAAGACUCAGAAAACAGCUGAUCCUGUUCUUGGUUUUGAUGAAAGCAGUGUUUAUAACCUUAGGUUUCCUUUUUCACAUCGUUUUCUUAAAAGUCAAGAUACAUGUGAAAAAUCUCAGGAUUGUGAUGUGCAGUUUAAAGCAAAACGUGACUUUCUAAUGAGUGGUUUGCCAGAAUUGCUGAAACGACAGAUUGCAAAGAAAGCUGCUGCAUUAGAUGUGUACAAUGCAGUGAGUACCAGUUUCCAGAGAGUUGUCCACGUACAACAAAAAGAUGAUGGAUGCCACUUGUGGCAUUUGAAACCACCUACGUGCCCUCUCUUAACCAAACUUAAAGAACUGAAUACUAGAGUAAUAGAUCUUUCAAAAUGUGUUCUUGCUCUUGGUGAAUUUUCAACAUUGAAUUCAAACUCCAAAAUUACUAAUUCUACGGUUGUGUUUGUGGACAGAAGGAAAGAUAUGACUGAAGAAAUAAGAAAUCUUUUGCUAGAGGAAAUUAGGUGGUCAAAUCCUGAGUUUUCUUUGAGGACAUAUUUUUCUUUGCUUCUAAAAAAACGAAGUGAGCACCAAGUACUUUCUGAAUGUCAUCGUAAACAAGAAAGUCCACAACUAGAGCCUGAUGUCAAUCAAAAGGAAACCAAAAGGAAACGAGUGGAAAUAGACAUUCAUAAGUCAAAAAGAAAGAAACCAAAUGAGUCUUCACCAAGUCCAAAAAAGAUAAAUGAGAAACCAGAAGAAUUUGACAAGAGAAACAACUCCAAUAGGAUAAAGCAAGGCCUUUCUAAAACAUCCAGGAAGAAACAAACUACUUUGAGUAUAACGUGUAAAGUAGAAACAGAAGCAGUUGAAGAUCCUGAUGUUCUGAUAAUAGAUGAUGGCAAAGAGUCUCCCUCAGAAAGAUCUCCUAUUCCUGAUUCUGGAACUGAAGACAUGCUUUGGACAGAAAAGUACCAACCUCAGAACUCCAAUGAACUCAUAGGCAAUGAACUGGCUAUAAAAAAGUUACAUAGCUGGUUGAAAGACUGGAAGAAAAGAGCUGAAUUGGAAGAAAGACAAAAUUUGAAGGGAAAAAAAGAUGAGAAACAGGAAGAUCUGUCGGAUAGCAUAGAUUUUAAAGGCAGUUCAGAUGACGAAGAAGAGACUCGCCUUUGCAAUACUGUUCUUAUAACAGGGCCAACAGGAGUGGGGAAAACUGCUGCAGUGUAUGCUUGUGCUCAGGAGCUUGGAUUCAAGAUAUUUGAAGUCAAUGCAUCUUCUCAGCGCAGUGGUAGACAAAUUCUAUCUCAACUGAAGGAAGCUACUCAGUCCCAUCAAGUGGACAAGCAAGGUGUAAACUCUCAAAAACCUUGUUUUUUUAAUAGUUACAACCUAGGCAAGUCACCAAAAAAAUUAAACUCCCCUAAGAAAGUUGUUACAUCACCAAGGAAACUUCCUCCACCGUCAUCACAAACUAGUGUACCUAAGCGAACACUUCCACCUAAAACUUUGGCAAAUUAUUUUAAAGUGUCUUCCAAGCCAAAAAAUAAUGAAGAAAUAGUACUUCUGGAAAAUAAUAAAGGAAUAAAAACUUCUUGUGAACAAAAACCAGUUAUUCAGACUAAAUCUACAAACACAAUUAAGUCAAAUGUCAAAGAAUUUGGAGCUGAGGAACCCAGCAGGAAAAAUGCAACAUCUCUCAUUCUUUUUGAGGAGGUUGAUGUCAUUUUUGAAGAAGAUGCUGGGUUUCUGAAUGCAAUCAAAACAUUCAUGGCAACAACUAAAAGACCUGUAAUCCUUACUACUAGUGAUCCAACAUUUAGUUUAAUGUUUGAUGGCUGCUUUGAAGAAAUUAAUUUCAGUACUCCUUCGCUUCGUAAUGUGGCCAGCUACCUACAAAUGAUCUGCUUGGCUGAGAACUUUAGAACUGAUGUGAAAGACUUUGUAACAUUGUUAACUGCAAAUACUUGUGAUAUCAGAAAAAGUAUCCUUUACUUACAAUUCUGGAUUAGAAGUGGAGGUGGAUUUUUAGAAGAAAGGCCAUUAUCCCUUUGUCGAAAUAGCAGAAACACUCAACUUGUUUGCUCUGAGGAUGGCCCUGAUUCCAAAAAUAAACCUAAAAGUACUAAGAGGAGUCCUACAGACCUUCCCAAAUGUGACACCGGCUGUGUUGAGACCUUGUUUGGCCUUAAGAACAUUUUUUCCUCAUCUGAAGAUUUAUUUUCAUUUCUAAAGCACAAAAUCAGAACAAAGGAAGAAUGUCAUCAGUUCAUCCAGCUUCUUACAGAAUUCCGAAUGCAAAAUGUAGAUUUCUUACAUAGUAAUCUUGAGUUCAUUCUACCACUACCUGUUAAUAUCAUUCCAGAAACAGAAAACUUCUAUGGUUCAUCAGUAAGUGUGGACAGCAGUACAGCAACAAAACAUAUGAAAUGUCUUGCUAGGAAACAUUCUGAAGGAGAGAAGCCAUUGAAAAAGCCACAAAAAAAGAAACAAAAGAAAAAGAUGGUAAUUUUAGAUGAUAGCGACUUGUUUGACACCGAAUUGGAUUUCUCUAAUGAAUUUCUUAGCCGUUCUCCUGCAUCUUCCUCAAAUUCAGAAGACAGCAAAGCCAGAGACAAAGAAAGCAAUCCAGAUGCAAAGAAACUGAACAACUGUUUAGAGUCUAACAUGGAAUCUAUUCCUUGUCCUAAAACACCAGCAGAAAAAAAAUGUUCUGCUCUUGUUUCUCACUGUUUAAAUUCUCUCACUGAGUUCAUGGAUAACAUGUCCUUCUUAGAUGCUCUUUUAGUUGAUGUAAGAGAACAAAAGGAAUUUGGUAAAAAUGACUUUAGUUGGACAAAUGUUAAAAGCGGACUUUGUGAUGAGUUUAGUCUCGAGACUAAUGAUGGAUGGACUUCUCAGAGCUCUGGAGAAUUAAAGGCAGCUAUAGAAGCACUCAGCUUUACUAAAUGUUCAUCUACUAUUUCAAAAGCACUGGAAACCUCCUUGAAUUCUUGCAAGAAAUCAGGAAGAGAUCCAACUAAAGAGCUUACUCUCUCCAUUUCACAAAAGCGCAACAAUGUAUACUUUAGUCAGUCAGCAGCUAAUUUAGACAGUGCCUGGAAGAGGAUAGCAGUCAUUAAAAGUGUAUUUUCUAGCAGAUCUCUUCUAAACCUGGGUAACAGACAAGCUAGUAUAACUGAGUACUUGCCAACUCUUCGGAACAUUUGUAGGACUGAGAAGCUAAAAGAACAAGGAAAAAAUAAAAGAAGGUUCCUGCACUAUCUUGAAGGGAUUCAUCUUAACAUUUCGAAAGAGACGGUGAACGCUCUGGCAGCUGGCUUCCCUUAACAUCUACAUUACCAAUGCCUUGUACAGAUUAUUAUGUGUUCCUCAAGAUACAUUUCUAUAUUGAUCUUCAUGGAAGAAUUUAUUUCUCUUAAUGUACAUUUAAAAAAGGACUAUUUGUAUAUUAUUAGUGUGCAAAUAUUUAAAGUGAAAAAAUUUGAGUCACAAAUUGUAUUUAUGAUUGUGGUGAUUUUUUUUUCUGAAACUUUUUGUAUUGCUUUAGUGUUGUUGUAUUUUUGUGUGAGUGAGCUGUUCUAGAAGGUAGAAUUCACUAAAUAUUUCUAAAGGUGUUGCACUGUUAAUCCAAAAUUUUUCUUUCCUGUUAAUUUUAACCCACCUCUCUCCAGCCUGUCAGUACUCUGUCAAGUUGUAUAUAUGAAUCAUCUAGGAGAUAAUCUAGUUUACACAAUACAAAAUUAUGUAAUACAUAAGAACUUCCUAGGGAAGAAAUUAUGCAUCAUUUUUCAAAAAGUACCAUCUUCCCAAUAAGCUUAUUUUUAGUGUAUUCCUCCAGCAUAUUUUACCAUUGAAUCAUUGAAUAUUGACAAAGUGAAAACAAGAUUAUGAAUUGUCAUUUUCAUAAAUCCUUUUUUAGCAACCAUACAUGUGAUAUCUUGUAUAUUUUGCCAACUCACAUCAUUUGCUUGUACAAUUUUUGUAUUUUUAUAUCAGUAUUUUAUUUCAUAAAGAUAUUAAUGGUGUUAAUAUAUCUAUUUUGGACAAACUGCUUAUUCAUUAAAAUUUUAACAAAGGAUAUUACUAUAUGAACUUUCUACAUCAUAGCCAUUUCCACUUCAGGUUGGUUUUGGAGAAAGUGUGUUUUUUUUUAAUUACAAGAUCUUUAAAUCCCACAUUUUACUUCAAAUCAUUUUUGCUAUUGCAUAAUUAGGUAUAUCUGAAAAUAGUUUCCUAUUUUAAGUGUUUAUAUUUAUUAGCCUAGAAUUCAGUUACAUUAUCUGGUGAAUUAUAUAUUUACCUCAAAGGUAAGGAUCCUAAUUUUGUACAGAUGGAAAAUACUGAUGUGUAUACCUGUUUACAAAUGUGUAUGAAAGAUAUGUUUUACCUCUUAUUUGUUCAGUCUACUUUUUCAUUGAUAGUAUGUUGAUUUAAUUAAAGGUUACAGGUUUUGCUCUUGUACAAAAGAA